ACGGUUGUUACUCGAUAUCGUCUAUCGAGUUCCCCGAAAUUACCGUAAUCGAUACGAAGGACGUCUUAUGGAUUAUUUAAAUAUGGUACUCGACAUUUAUUCGGAAUGUUUUAUUGAUUUUCCUGGGGUGGAAAAUAGAACGCUGUGGUGGCGCCAUCUGUGAGAGGAGCGGUGAAGGUUUGACGGGAUCUGUCGGUAGAGAUCGGAAUCACCGACACCACGCUAUAUUCCCGAGAAAAUGGCCGAAAGUAAAUAAUUACGUUUGUCCGAGAACGAUCCAACGCGAUCGAUCGUUAUGUCCGACGAAUCCGAGUACGACAUCGAACCGGAAGAAUUUGACAUUUAUAAAAGAAAGUAUCAACUGUUACUCGAUAGAUGCGAAAUCCUUCAACAGGAUAAUGAGAGGUUGGUUUAUCGUAUCCAGACUGUGAGGAAGCUACUGAAGCGGACACGAAAAGAGAAAAAGUUCUUAAUAGAUCGCUUGGAUCAGCACGGGGAUAGAUGGCGUGAAGCGCCCAUGGGAGUACUCGAGGAAAACAGUGUCUUUCAAGCUACCCCUAAAUCAGAAAAAGGGUCAAAGUCAGGCUCUCAUCACUCUAAGGACGACAAACCUAAAAAGGGAGCUAAAAGGAAAGGGACCAAGGCAGACCCAAACGCGCCUAAGAGGCCAGCCAAUCCGUUCUUCCAGUUUUGUCAGGAACAAAGGCCACGAGUAAUGGAGAGAUUAGCGGGUGAUCCGGAGCCUAGUAAACAGGAACUCACUAGACAAUUGGCAACGACAUGGAAGUCUCUUAGUUCCGAGGAUAAGAAGGUCUACUACGAUAUGUACGAACGCUCCAAGGAGAAAUAUGUAGCUGAAAUGCAAAUUUACAAUAAGAAAUCGGAAGACAUACCCAAUCCGACAUCUGUAAGCGUGACGUAGCAAUGCGAAUUUAAUUGUAAAUAUGUGUGUUUGUAAAUGAACGAUCGCUGCUUGAUAUGUAAGAGUUAAGUUAUCUUUAUAAGUAAGCCUUCACAGUCAUUUAAUCUGAGUUUAACUGACCAAAGUGUAAAAAGUUUAUGCGAAAUGGAACAAUUAAUUGAUAAAGUUCUCAUAUCAAGAAAUAACGGAGCUCUUUGCAUCACUUUGUAUCUAAUAAAGUUAAAGCAUUUAUUUAAGCUGUAA